AUGAAAGGUCUGGGCCUGGAGUCUGUGAAACAAGUAACUCGCAGCAGAGCUCUCGUGCUGGCAGCGCAGCCGCAACUUCAUGGGUUUCCGUGGUGCCUUCCUCCGACAGUCAACGACAUUUGCGCCUAUGCAGCAUUAAAGCACCAGCCCUUUCGACAAGCGAAACGACAUUUGACCCCAGCUCUCUCAGCGGCGACGAAGGCGCAGAUAUGGGCGUGUCGUCAUCUCCUCACUGAGUACUUAGUAUCAGUCUGCUACAAGAUAGCUCUAGUGAGGACAAAUAACGUCAUAUCGGUUUGGUUCUCGCUCAUCUCCUACUUGGGUAUCGAAAAAUCGCUCUCGACCGCCACCGUGUUGGCGAAAAUGGGUACCAGGCUGCCACUGAAGGCGUAA